UUCAAUUCGUACACACAGCAAAUCUGCAUUGACGACGCCGUUGUCAUCGAUCCCGAUCGCAUCGACAAUGCGGUUACCAACGAUGGCUUCACCAUGCGAGAGCUUCGGUACGGCAUUGGUGCGCGCGCAAAAGCGGCCCGUGCCCUCAGCGGACUGAGGGAUGAUGAGGACGAAGAUGAAGAUGAUGAGGAUGAGGAUGAGGGCGGCCUUCAGCCUCAACCACAACUAACAAAAGCGAUACCAACACCAGCCACCUUUACGGGGACUGAUACCUCCAAUGGACAAACACCGCCCUUGAUAGGGCCUGCCCCUCCUACACCACUCGACAGCAUGGCGCUUCAGUUGAGUCAAGACGUGAAAACAGUGGCCAAGCUUGUCGAAGACAUUGCCAGACUUGAGACUGCCAUUGAAGAAGCGGUUGAUCCCGACAGUGCGGAGUCAAAGAGAGAUGCACUGCUUCUUGAGAAGAAGAGAAUGCGCCUUGCCCGUCUCAAGACGAAUGGAACUGGCCUCAAGAGUAAAAACCCUCGCGGUGCCGCGCGAGAGUUGUCGAGGCGUGGUCCGAGCCAGAUUGUCUCGUACAGUUCACGCUUUGUGAACAAAAUCAGUGAAAUCACGGACGAUAUGAACAUUUCUGGAUCUCUUUCAAUCAAGUACGGCGCCAUUGGCGGCUCCGGCAAAGGCUCCUUUAUCGACUCAGACAAGUUCAAGGAGAGCGAUCUCAACUUCUUCAUCUCCGUCAAGGUCGUCAACCAGAGCAUCAACAUCAAGGAUGCCCUUGUUUUCCAGGGCCUGCCCUCGGUGAACGAAACCAACUUCCGGUCGGUCUUUGGCGACUGCUUCAUAUCGGGCUUCUUAGAGGGCGGCGAAUUCAAUGCUCUUGUGAGCAUGAAGGUUGUCAACAAGGACAAGCGCAUGGCUAUCAUGGCGGAAGCAGAAGUCGCUUUGAGCGUUGGUGCUGCCGACAUCAAAGCCAAGGCCAACGUCGACAUGGCCAAGUCAAGCUUCUCGUCGCAGACGGAGACGACCAUUCAGGUUGGCUGGUCAGGCGGCGGCCACAUCAAGCCAGUGGACCAGCUUUGGACGAUUCAAAGCUUGAUGGAAACGGCUGCCAAGUUCCCUGAUCUCGUGGCAAACACUCCUCAGCGUACAUAUGCCAUUCUCACCAAGUAUGAGUCGCUUCGGAGCUACAUGGCCCUGAAGCCACCAAAACUAAAGCCAAUGUUCUACGAAAACGCAGCCAUUUAUACGAAUGCGCUGCUGGACGCCUAUAUGGACUACAAGAAUAUUUACCGCACCCUUGGAACCCAACUUUUUGAUAUCCAGGCUGGCACAAAGAAAUUUGUAGAUUGGUCUGAUCAAGUGAAAGACUAUGCCGAUUCGACCACGCUCUCUCUCAUCGACGACGAAAAGCCCUUUAAAGCGACCAUCAAGGGGCUUGACCUAGCUCGCCGGGCUUGCCGGUUUCAGAUGGUCAAGAUUGUCAAGGAAGUCGAUGCGAUCGAGGAGCAUCCAGACUAUGCCGCCGAUGAAAAACGUCCAGAGGCCAUCCAGAGCACCAUCAUCUUUCGCGAGCGGCUUCCCGGUGUCAAGGACAAAGAGAAGGUGCCGUAUCCCGAGAUUUUCGGAACCGAAGCCCCUUGCCCCUUGCUUGACCGUGUUGACGGCGACGGCGUGAGCGAGGCCGAGGCCGCCAAGGCUGCCAGCUAUGGUGUAGAGCAGCCUGAGGUUGGCAAGUUCCAGAAGCUGGCGCCCAUGGUCGGCUCGCCCCAAGGCACGCUCUUUUGCAACUUGGAUUUUGUCAAGGCUGAUUUCAGCUUGCGCACCGUCACGGUCGACGUCAACGACGGCGUGGUCAUCGGUCUCAGCGUCCGAUACACCAACGGCCUUUUAGCUGCCGUAGGAACCUCCGGCGGCCGCAGAAGUACACUGACGGUGCACCAUGAAGAUGGCGAAAAGAUUAUUGCCUGCUCGAUCGAGACGGGCCGUCGCAAGGACGUGGACAAGGCCCCGACCCGUGUUACUGCUCUUCGGCUGUACACCAAUCGUGGACCGGACCUGUUGGGCAACUCGGAGGACUGGAAGCCUGCCGUGAAUGGAGAAGGAAUCCGUGACAACCGACAAUUUGAGCAACUCGACUUGAAGCACUUUGACCCUCUGCUCGUCAAUGCUCAGAUCAAGGGGUUCUGGGGUUACGGCACCACAACACCGCAAAUCAACUCCCAGAGUGGCAUCUUCCGUCUGGCCCCAAUUUGGGGCAACAAAGAGAGUACCGCUGCCACGGUAGGCAUUCCAGUGGAGGAACCGACCGACACAUCUACUAUCAGGACCAACGUGGAGGCUCGCUACUGGAGUGGCCGCGAGCAUCGAGGGUGGCAAGGGACCGCAGUUGGCCGGAGUGCCAUAUUCGAGGACACCUUCGCCAGGCCCUUGCCCAUUGUCCCGACAGUCAUCUACGGCUUCCGUCUCAUUGACGUUGCUGGUACCAACUCUCCCCGUGUCGCCCUCAGCCUUCCGUCUGUCUCGGAGACGGGAUACACCUUGUCGGCCAAGUCCUUCUUGCAUGGGACACAGAAUCUCGAGGCCAGCGUCAUGGUCCUUCCACACGGCACGAUUCCCUUCCAGCAUGGCUAUGUCGACGCCAGCGACAACCCCGGCGGCCGCGCGGCAAACCAGAACGCAAGGCUCGGGGUCAAGUUCAGCAAGCCCUUCAGGGAGCCGCCCAAAGUCUUUGUGUGGUUCACCGAAAUUUCGCAACCGCGCACCCGGCGGUACCUCCGGACCUACGUCGACGACAUCACGGCGGACGGCAUGACGGUGCACAUUGACACCUGGGACAACAGCGAGUUUGAAGCGGCGCGUGUGGCGUGGCUGGCAUGGCCCGCCGAGUGUGACGGCAAGUCGAUCAAGGCUGGAAACUCCAUGUUCAGCAGGGACCGGGACCCCCAGGAGACCGGCUGGUACGGCGGCAGCUUCGGCAAGGACCCCAAGGUGUUUACUGGCAUCAACUGCAUUGAUUUCCCGGUCGAUCCCAACAGCCCUAUUCCUCUACCCAUCUUUGGGAAGCACGAGUGGGCGACCAAGGACAAGCUACGUUGGCACGGAGGGACGUGGGGAGACACGGUAAUGACCAAGGUGGGCUUCUGCUGGAUUGCCGUGGAGUAG